CAAAAUUACUCUCACGACCGAAUCUGUACACAGAGGUAACUCAGGUUUGCAGCACAUAGCUGUUUUCUCUAUGUUGUGUGACAGUGCGAUGCAGGAGGGAGAGGAGACAGACUGAGGCGAUGGGCUGUACCUCUGCCAAGCAGUUGUCAGCGGUACCCAAUGAAGAAGAGGGCCGCAGCAAAUCUUACACCAAUGGAGACGCUUUCUCAGAUGAGUAUAAAGCAAAAGGAGCAGAGAAGGUGAAGUAUGUGCGUGGGGAAGAAGAGAAGAUGAACACACGCAACCAGGAGAACCUGGAGAAAAGCACAUUUUUGCACAGGGGUAAACACAAAGAGGCCAGCGGAGUGAAUGGUAACAAGAUAAGUAUCCAUUCCUCUGAAAGCCAGCAGGAGUUCUUCAGGAUGUUGGACGAGAAGAUUGAAAAGGGACGGGACUACUGUUCAGAGGAAGAGGAUGUGACAUAGCAUGGAGUGGCCUUGCCUUGUGCCCCCUUCAGAAAGCUGGGCCCGUUCCAAUUCUCUAACCGUCGUCAUUUCUUUGUCUUCACUAACUUAAGGGCACACUUCCACAAGGGACU